AUGAUACGGCACGGCACGUAUGAGGGCUUUUUCUUUAGAAGAAGGUAUGACGCUGAGUACGAAGAUUUUAUGCUGACAAUUUACAAACAGGCGGAAUUUUUAAUUGUGCACAAUUUGAUCAAUAUCGUUUUUCAGUUGGUAUUGAUCCGUGCUGUGGGCUUCUUCUUGAAUCCAGUCUAUCGAUUCUGGCUUGAUCCAACAGUAUUGCGUGAUGUGAUGCAUGAAUAUGUUCCGGAAUCUCGCACGAAGACAGUGCAAAGUUUGAUGGCGGCUGGUGUACGUGAGAUGGUUCGACCGAAUAAAAUCGCUUACUUGCAACGAAUCGUGCGCAAUCUUUCAUCAUUUAAGGUUGGAUGUACGAUGAUUUUUUUCAUUCAUUUUUAUCAGUUUUGUUAUUCUCCGAAAAGAAUUUUUUCUCAUUUAAUCUGCUUCGAAAUUCCAGGAGAUGCGAAUUCUGAGGUCGCAACUGGCCACUCAGCCUCUGUCAAAUUC